AGGUGUUUUCGCUAGAAUUGUUUUUUUAACGCAAAAGGCGUAAAUACGAAAAAGGAAUAAAAAAUUCGUGCGAAUGCGAAACGUACUAUUUUUAGUCAAUUUUAAAGAAACAUAUAAAAUGAGUGCUAACUAAGAGUCAAUCCAAAUUGCGAGCGGCUAAAACCAAGGGUUAUAAAAGCAAAUAUUACAAUCUCCUUUGUCCGAUGUCACGCCCAACAUGGCGACAAUAGCGCGUGAGACUGAGUACUAACAACGCACGCGCUUCCCAAAGAUGACAUUACGUCAUAAUGGUAAUCAUAUUCGACCAAUGAAAUCGAUUCCUUGACUUGCGAUAUUCACAGCACAAAAUAGCAAAAAUGCUAAGACGCGUUUUCGUAAACCUUGGAUUUAACUCACCGAGUGAGGCAGAGAAAGCCUUGAAAAAGUCAAAUCGUAAAGAUGGCGGUACCCGGGCACAGAAGGGAAGACUGUUGAAUCGCCCCCAAAUGGAGAAGAUUCGCGCACUUCCUCCGCCUGGAGAGGUCAAGAGACAGGAAGUUCUCGACGCCACGCCUGCUAUACCACCAGCAAGCGCCCAAAGAACUAUGGGGCUUCCCUCUCAGGCGGCCACUGCAGAAGACAAUAGGAGGCUCGGUGUCCAAGUGCUCAGAGUUGUUAAUGGCGGGGUGGCCCCCACAGGGCUCCCGCGACCCCCGGGCAAAUCCCGAUUUCCUUUUGCGAGGAAAAAGGCAAAGACCACAGACGCCAAAUCAACUCUCCCAGACAUCAGAGAUACUAACGACAAUGCUCUCGUGAACAUGCGUACGACGGACUUACCCAAUGUCCGUGAUCUCUACACGAACAAGAAAGACAACGCGGUUCCUGUAGCAAGCGAGGGCGCAAGUGCGACCACAUGGACCACCGGGUCGCACCAGGCUAUGUCCGCCAUGCAAAGCGAGGAGGAGCCUGGGGCUUCUAUGGGGCACAGGACAGAACGCCAGAAAGCCAAAGAGCUGAAGCAAAUGAAAAGAGCUGGUUUAACCCCCCUUAGACCCCCACCCCACCGAAACACCAUGGAGGACGAUGCUGAUCACAAGGCUCGGAUGAACAAGCUGAAGAGAGCUCGUAUUGGCCUUGCCAAGAACAGGGUCAACCCUGAGGUGAGCAAGCCUUUUCUGAAGUCACUACCAGAUGCAACUCCAGGGGCGGUUUGGUGCGAAAACUACGCGGUUCUACCUCCAAUUGAAUCCUCUCCACCCAAAACGGGAAUAUACUCCCGCCAUCUCCAGCCCACCCCUCCUCAGGCCAACACUCACCGGGGUAUCCUCGGGUACAAGACAAGUAUCACACACGACCUCGUGAUAAAAGACGUGGAGACCGAUGAGUAGGGGUCAUGGGGUUCAAUAUGCGAGAUACACCCUGCGUGCUCCACUCAAACCCAGUUUCGGGAUGAAAAUCCCGUCCUAUGCAGAUCACGCACCAACUGGUGACUUCGCCACUUGUGCUGUGACAUGGUGGGUUGUCCCGUUAGACACAUCAAGUCGGUGCGGUCUUCGCGACAGAUUGAGGUGAGGCGCCCAUGACCAGUGAUAAUCUCCUCUCUCUAUCGGAUUCAUAGAGGGGUUAUUUGCUCGGGAGAAAACGCUAUCUGUGGCAGUAUAAGGCGGGUGCUCACUUGCCACAGUACAAGGUGUGCGAGGAGCUCAUAUUGAUCGUACGGCACGUAGUCAUCCCCGUUGAUCUUGAGCUCCCCGUCUUGUACUGUCGCUGUGAGUUCCUCUGUUGAUCGUACGGCACGUAGUCAUCCCCCUUGAUCACGAGGGCUUCGCAUUAUUCUGUCGCAGGGAGCGUUUUAUCAUCUAGCAAAUAAUGCCAGUGAACCUGAUGGAAAAGGUCUUUAAUCGCUGGCCAUAAGUGCCUCAUCUCCUUCUGUCAGCGAACCCAACGCCUUGAUGUGUCUUAUGAAGACCACCACCAUUUUACCACACGUACAGCCAGGUCACAAGUAGAGCGCGUGUCCUUCGAUUGUCGGAGCAAGACGAGCCACAGACUGUGUCCCGAUUGAGCUUUAUAUUUGUCUAUCGUAGUUUUUCUUUUUUCGUUACCUUCAUAUAACUAACUUUACUUCUCUGUCUUCUGUAAAUCUGAUAAAUUAAAAACAUACUCAAACUGAAUUUUGUAAAUAAAAGCAGCUGAAUUCUCUCAUCUAAGACA